ACCGCAUGGGUCGCUGGACGCCCGAGCUCGUCGAGGCCGUUGUGCUCUAUCUCGAGCGUCCACGUGACGUCCUUUUCGUUCUGGCGAGUUUACCGCAAGGUCUCUUGACGCUACCGCUGCAAUGCGUGGCCCAGCUUACCGAGAUGGCGGUCGUCGAUUGGCCCGACGUGCACCUGGACGAGUCAGCCAUUGACGCGCGCUCGCUCGACCUCCUCGCUGGAGCGCGUCGCCUCGCGCCAUCCAUCACUGUCAAUGUCCAAGCCGGUGACGCGUUCCAACAACUGGUGCCGCUUCUCGCGGGCUGCAUAACGCGCGUCCACAUCCCGUCGGCCGUACCUCUCCCGGCCGGUUUGAGCGUGCAGGCAGCGCUUGCUCAGUGCACUGCACUUCGUCACUUGUCGCUGCACGUUCCCAGCAAGCCGGACGCUGUAUCGUGGUUGGAGCCGCUUUUGCAGCGCCUCGCAGCGACCGAGACGCUAUCGACCCUCGACCUUCGAUUUGGCAGGGACACGAUUCCGUUGAUCCAGUCGUGCGUCUUUGCGCACGUCGCCCACUGGCUGCAGGAAGCGCUCUGGUCUGCGCUCGGCGGCAGUCCUUUCUUGACAGACCUCGUGCUCGAGAGUCCUCGGCUUCUCGCUCGUCCAACUCCUGACUACCGCAUGCCACGGACCUUGCGCUUCCUUCAAUGGAAGGCUCUGCACGAGUGCAGUAUGGUACCGGUUGCAGCCAUCCUUCGGAGCGCGCCGAACCUCUCGUCGCUCGCUCUGUCGUGGGGGCAUCUGCCGCCGUCGCCGCUUGUCAUGGUUGUGCGGGACCUGCGAUGCUUGGUGUCGGUCUCGUUCUCAGGCAAUCGGCUCGGGUCCAAGGUCUUUCCGCCCGUUUUACAAGCCAUUGCCAACUUGCCGCUGCUCGAGACGCUGUGUUUGGCCGACAACCAGCUUGCCGACUCGGCCGUGCCGUACCUGCUCCGUGUACUCGCCGAGUGCUCUGUGCUGCGGACGCUGGACGUAUCCCAGAAUGCGAUUUCGGCGACGGGCCUCGCAAGCCUCCUGCCCGCGCUCGCCAAGAAGCCAACGCUGGCGCAGAUCAAGCUCGAAAACAACUGUUAUGUGCUGCGCAACCUCGCGCACAUCGCGCUAUGA